CUCGGCUUCGUGGGGAAAUCCACAUCCGAAACGCGACCUCAUCCCAAAACACCAUCUAAUGUAGCACCGGCGCUGAAAUGGCGGCGAAUACAUUACAAUGCGAUAUCUGUCUCGCACAAUUUAGUCGUCCGGAUCAUCUCCGGCGACAUUCCGCGUCACAUGAGGAUCAAAGACCGUACGAAUGCAAUGGUUGUAAACGUUCAUUUAAACGGAGCGACGCUCUCAAACGACACGAAAGAACCUGCAGAGCACUUUUCACCAGCCCCGACGAUAUCACCAAAGAUGACAAUAGACCAUGGAAACGAAUCUGCCAUGCUACUGAGCCAGACAGAAAUGAGCAUCCCGAUGGCUUGACGCCGCAGUCUCCGGACAUAGGCGGGUUGAUCAACCAACCCAUCAGAACACCAGAGAACGAAUUUCUCGUGAGCAUGUCAUCGGGGCUUGAUUUCACGGCGCUAGACUGGUUAUAUCCACCAUCUCUCGAACCAGAUAUUACUCUUGCGGAACGACUGGAGUAUCUGGCUUAUUUCACCUCGGCACGAGGCAUGGCGACGUUCCUUGAUCGGGAGACGCUGCGACGGAAACAAGAUAUGAUUUCUGGAUACUACGACACAAUAACAAGCACGAUUAACGAGGACAAAUAUGAUCAAGAUGAUGACCUCCUCCCUAAAUCCACGGAGAUCAUCAAUUGCUUGAAAUCCACAGUGACAACCGACUCAUCCACGAUCGUCGCAGCAUCCAUCCCAUCCUGGACAUUAGACACACACCGUGCAGCCACAGAAUUCUUCUCCCCUUCUAAUAUCCAUCGCUUACUAACUUUCUUCUGGGCGUUAUGGUACCCAACCUGUCCUUUCGUACAUCGCCCAUUCUUCAACCCCGCCAAUGCCUCGCCAGCACUACUAGCCGUCGUGGUUAUCAUCGGAGCAUGUAUAUCGCCAGACGAAGAGGAUGGAAAACGAGCGAGGAAAUGGAUGGAUCCAGUGGAGGUCAUCACGUUUCGACAGGAGUGGUUUACUGAUGCAGAGCAAGCACCUAAACCCGGUGAUGGGAAGUGGAAGAAGAGGUUGGAGUGUAUUCAAACGGCGUAUUUGGUGUGUUCGUUACAGAAGCGUGAGGGCUCAGCUGAGGCGCAGGGGAGGGUGAGACGGUAUAGACAUGCGAUGAUGGUUUCGCUCGCAAGAGAAAUCGGACUAUCAACAGCAACGCAUCCCCGAACCCUCCCAGCACACGCAUCCGACGAAUGGUGGAGACAGUUCGCAGCUGAAGAGGAGAUGGUCAGAACCCUGACAUACGUCUUCCUCUUCGACGCCGCCCUAACAAUCUUCCACAAUUCUCCCCCGCGCAUGGUCGUCUCCGAACUACGAAUGGACAUGGCUUGUCCGGAAACCUGUUUUCAGGCUGAAUCUGCCGAGGAGUGCUUAUCCGAACUUGGUAAAUGGUCGGGUAGCGUUUUCUGGCGCGAGAGAUUAUCAGUGGCUUCUGUGGUGCGGAGGAUGUGUCAACCUCGGCCCCAGGCUCAAGCAUCAGAAGAACAAGGGCUAGUCCUGGGCUUCUCGCAAAUUGGAACGUUAAACCUCUUCACCACUGUCCAAUGCCUCCACUCCCUAACCUUCCACCUCCAAAACUCCCUCAUAACGCUCCCCUCCCCCCUAACUCCACUCCAAACCGGCCUUGAAAACUGGCGCCGCACAUGGAACAAGCGAAUACCAGAAGAUUCGCAUAUCCCGCAUCGUCCAGAUACGUUGUGGAAACAGAUUGGGUUUGCUAGGUAUGCGCCGGAGUUUUGGCAGUUGGCGCGGAUUUUGGUUAUGAGGCUGGCUUGUUCUUCUGGGGAUUUUGCUGAUGGGGAUGGGGAAGGUGGGUUGGGUGGGUAUGAUCAUACGGAUAUGGAGGAUAUUAAUGGGUUGAUUGAGGAGUAUAGGAGGAUGAGUUUGGGGGGUUGUAUGUGA